CUCCUCCUCACCUUAUACCUCCGACUCACCUUACACCUCCUCCUCCUCCUCCUCCUCCUCACACCGUGAGAUCAGCGUCACGGCCCGCCUCCCCCGUCACGCGCCGAUGCACGCGAGCCCCGGGGCGGUUUUGUUAACCACGGGCCGCGGGGGCGGUGCGCGCCACAACACACAGAGCCCGCCGCGCGAGGAGGAAGCACGCGAGAGGACUCCGCCGUCGGCUUCCAGACUAUCCAAACGCGCCGCGGACCGCUCUGCCCCCCCCCCCCCUGCGUUGACUGAGGUUGGACGAGGACCCCCGCCUGCGGACGUCGUCGACCCUCGCGCGCAGCCCGCCGGACGUGUAGACGCGCGUGUGGGAGCAUCCGAGCGGGUCCCCCCCUCUCAGGUUGGUGCCAUGCCGCCCCUGCUCGCCCUGGUCCUGCUCGCCGCUCUGCUCCACGCGGCGCCGUCCCGCGCCGCCUCCUACGUGCCCUGCGAGGCGUGCGACCCCAAGACGCUGGCGCUGUGCGCGCCCGUGGCCCCGGGCUGCCGGGAGCCCGUGAAGGAGCCCGGCUGCGGUUGCUGCCUGACGUGCGCGCUGGAGGCGGGCCGGCCCUGCGGCGUGUACACCGGGCCGUGCGCCCGGGGGCUCCGGUGCCUGCCGGAGGCCGGCGAGGAGAAGCCCCUGCGCGCGCUGCUCCACGGCCGCGGCGCGUGCCGGGCCGAGGCGCCGUUCAAACGACAACUCUGGCCGCGCGACGAUGGGGUAUCUCCGGGCGAUGCUAAGCUAGGGGGGCCCCUGCUCUUCGGGGCCCCCUCGAGGGUGCCGCUGUACGGGGACCGCGACCACGUCGGGCGCCGCAAGGCCCAGGCCAUGAAGCUAGCCCGGGAGAGGGGGAAACAGCUGGCCCGGCAGGGCGCCUCUCGGGGCGGCCUGGAGCCCAGGCCCCUGGACCCCAGGCCCCUGGCCCCGGAGAAACCCCAGCCACAGUUUGGCCCCUGCAGGACCAGACUGGAUCAUGUGAUCCAGAGUAUGAGGGUCUCCUCUCGGGUCGCGGCUCUCUCCCUCUACCUCCCCAACUGUGACAAGAAGGGUUUCUACAAGAGGAAGCAGUGCAAACCAUCGCGGGGGAGGAAGAGGGGUAUCUGCUGGUGUGUGGACCCCUUGGGCAUCAAACUUGUGGGAAGCGUCUACAGCGGCGGAGACCUACAGUGCAAGGAUCCCGACGACAGCAACGGCAACGAAUGAGAGCGCUCGGACUGGCGCAGAACCCCUCCCUCCUCACCCAAUCAGCAUGAAGACUGCAGAUCGACUGCCCCGCCCCUAGAACACACAAACACCUCACACCCACACGGCACCAGGUGACCUGGUUUCAAAAGACCAGUUAUUACCCAUCAUGCACCAAACGAUGCAUCACUCCAUUACCCAUCAUGCACCAGCACUCAGAUGUUAAUCCCCAACUGUAUGAGUAUUUUAUACAUUAUCUCUAUACCUCUGUAACCGAUAGAAAAGGAAACAUAUAUCUAUUUUUGUAUUUGACUUAAAGAUACAAGGUCUGAGUCGCAGGCUUCACGGUGAUUCACGUGAAGACGAGUCGUGUGCAUGUCUGGGAACCUGACCCUCUUCCUCUUCAUCGACACUUCGGUGCACUUGGCUAUAAACAGGGCUAGCUGCUAGCUGUUAGCAGGAGCCGUGAGGUCUUCCUCAGCAGGGGGGCCUUCCCCUCUCCUCAGGGCCGCUGUAGAUGGAAAGGUCAAAAGGUCGAAUGGAGGGCAGUUGGUUGUAACUUUCCCGCCACGUAACGAGCCAAGUCGCCCCCCCGCUGAAGGGUUCAUGUUCCCGCCAAAAAGACCCCUCGGUCGGUGAGAGCGGGCGCGACCGCACGCACCUUACCGUCAACACGUAUGUUAUGAUAAGACAGGGGUCACCAACCUUUUUGAACCUUCAUGGGUACCGAGUCAUACGAAGGGCACCCAGCUUGAUACACUCUUCUGAAAUAACCAAUUUGCUCAGUUUGCCUUUCGUUAUGUAUUAUUAAUAUUGAUUAAUGAUACUCAUCUAUGUGAGGAAACUGAUCAUGUGGUCCCUGCGGGCGCCUCAUGUGGUGCCCGC